AGAGAAAAAGAGAGAGAUGAGUUCCUCUCCACCCACAUCCAUCUGUGUCCAACGUGAGGGGGAGGUGAAACAGUUGAGAGCUUACUGUGCUAUUAACUGGCAUUAUUUAGUUGCUUCACUCAGGAGACGAGACUAGUCAACACUCCUCAUCAGAAUUUCACCCUGGUGGAGCAACUAUGACUUCCCAUGUGAAACUCCGGAAGGAGAGGGUCGGAGUUGUGGACUAUGACACACAAAUCAAAGAGGUGCGUUGCCAGCUUGUGGACCAGCUGAAGGUGUUAGACCUACAACUUGAGCAGAAGAGCCAGCAGCUUCAGGACCUGACAGACUACCUGCGACGACGGAGUGAGAUAGAAAGCGAGUAUGCACGCUCCCUGGAAAAACUCUCUGAAAGAUUCACUUCAAGGAUCAAGAGGAAGGAGCCCAGCAGUCACUCAGUGGCUCAGGUUUGGUUGGCUCUGCUUUCCCAGACCCGUCAAGAGAGUAAGGACCACAAUCGGCUGAGUGAAAGCUGCAGCAACUUCCUUAUUCAGCCCCUCACACACUGCCUGGAGUACACACAACGUCUUGCAAAAAAGAGUAAAGAUGUCUGCACUCAGCUGCAAGACGGACUGCUCAAGGUUACCAUAGAGCUGCAGACCGCAUGGCGGACAUACUACCAGUACCAUUCAGAGUACGUGCUUGCAGACGGGAAGCUGAAGGAGGCAGAGAAACAGGAAGAAAAGCAGAAGCAGAGUGCUGCCAAGAAACUGGAGAGGUUGAUAGAAAAGAGACAAGGAAAAGUCAAAGAAAUCUACCUGAAGUGCAGCAAGGCCCGGAAUGAGUACCUCCUAAACUUGGCUGCAGCCAAUGCCUCCAUGAACAAGUACUACCUCCAGGACAUCUCUACUCUCAUAGAUUGUGCAGAUGCAGGGUACCACCUCUCUUUGAGCCGGGUGAUGCAGGCCUACCUGUCCAGUCGCUGGCGGGCCCAGCAGAACCUCGGCACAGGCCUGCAGCAGCUCCAAGGCAAAGUGUCCGGUUUGGACCAGAGCCAGGACAGAGACACCCUCCUGCAGGACCACUAUAACACCUUCUGUAUGCCACUUCGCUUCCCCUAUCAGCCCCAUGAUGGAGACCAGGUUUCUGAUGUCAGUGCAGAGUGUGAGAUGAGAUGUGAGCUGGAGACCAGAUUCAAACAGAUACAAACUAGACUGAAAGCAGUCACCCAGGAAGCGGAGGAGGCUAAUAAGAACAAGUCAACAGCCCAGUCUUCCCUGCUAGAGAACAUCAGUGAUGAUGAUCUGGAUCCCGUCAGCGGUUCAUCUCAAGAGGGCAGCACCGAGAACCUGACAGUCAAACCCAGCGUGGCCCGCCGCAGGGCAAACCUGCAGGAAAUAGAGAACAUCUACAUCACUAGAGUGAAAGAGUACCUUGUAAGCAGCUCUUUAGAAUCUAAACUGCAAGCCAAACAUGAUCUGCUCAAAGUGGCUGUUGAGAAAGCUGAAGCAUCAAAUGCACAACAGCCAAGGCUCAAUGGACAGUCUGUGCGUGUCCGGAAGAAUCACUCCAGUUCCAGUUUGAUGCACAAUCACAAACUUUUCCAUGGAGACAUGCUUUCCUUCAUAAAUGCAUCAGGACAACAGAUUCCAAUAGUUGUAGAAAGCUGCAUUCGCUACAUCAACCUCAAUGGUCUCCAUCAUGAGGGCAUCUUCAGAGUUCCAGGCCCUCAGAUGGAGGUCAAUAACCUGAAGGAUGUAUUUGAGCGAGGAGAGGACUCCCUUGCUGAGCAGAGAUAUGACCUGGACUCUGUUGCUGGAGUGCUGAAGCUCUACUUCAGAUGUCUGGAGAAUCCCCUCUUCCCCAUCGACAGCACCAGCCAGCUCCUGGAGCACACUCAAAUAAAGAACGAGGCGGAGAGAGCCGCUCAGCUCAAAAUGGUCAUCUCCUCCUACCCGGAGCCUGUCAUCAUUGUGAUGAGAUACCUCUUUGCAUUUCUUCAUCACAUCUCCCAGUACAGUGACGAGAACAUGAUGCAGCCUUACAACCUGGCAGUGUGUUUCGGCCCCAGCCUGAUAAGAGGGGAAAACGAUGAUGACGUCGUCACCCUGCAGCCUCAGAUAAACACGCUGGUGAAGGACAUCAUCGUCCAGCAUGAGAGCAUUUUCCCCAGCCAUGAUGAAGUGCCAGGACCGGUGUAUGAGAAAUGCAUGACGCUGGAUCGGGAUGACUGUGAGCCUGUCAUGGAGGAAGGAGAUGCAGAAGCAGAGUACACCAAGAACAAAGACGAGUCUGAAAUGGGGCUUUCUGCGGACAAGAGUACCAGCUUGUCUGCUUCCCCUGCUCAGAGAAAAGCAGAGCGUCCCAGAGCAAACAGUAGUGGCUCAAUUGACCAAACUAGGUUGAAAGCUGGACCAACAGGGGGGAGCAUCGCUCCAGGUGGGAAGUUAAUGCUCCCGAUUUCCAUUGGGAAACAAAGACGUUUCCCUUCUCCAGGAUAUGUGCGAAGAGAAUGCCAGGAACUCUCAUCUUCUGAGGACCAUCUUAUUAAAGUAGACAAGGAGGUUCAUCGCCAGAUGGACUCAGUCUUCAAGGAGCUUCUCACUCUGCAAGUAGUGCCGGAUCCCUCCUCCACCACCUCCUCUCCCUCUGCCCAGGCUCCUCAAAGGAAGGGGCGGCAGGAUGGACGCAGGGGGAAAUGAGCCGGUCUCUUCAAAGCAGCAGAUCCACUGGACUGACGGCACUAGAGAAAGGGAUGAUGCAAUGAAAACUGAGGUGAUGGCAUCUUUCAGCACAUAUAUUUCUAAAAACCUGAGAUCACUGACCGCCACUCAAUAUUCUGAGAUUCCCUGUGAUUUGUUUGGGCUGCUUUCCGCAGAGUGUCUCAAUACUCUGAAGCCCCUCAUUUUGUUAUUUUGUACAUCAGAGCCCUGCUGUGACUGCAGACCUGCAAUACAAUGUUUAAACUCUGGCUAACUUGAAAUGCAGAAGUCUUUUUGUGUACAAAAAUAUGUUUUUCCAGAUACUUUUACUUUUCCUACAUCUGCAAAAGUGUUGCUAUUCAACUGUUUCCUGUUCAAUACAAAAGUUUUUUUCAGUAGCACAUCGUGUUGUCAGUAGCACAGAUGUUUUUCAUCUAAUGUCUUGUUUUUUUUUUUUGUUUUUUUUAAAUAAGAUGGAGUCACAUAGUUUAGUAAAACAGUGGAAGGUGUAGCUGUAAAAAAAAAUGUAUAUAUUUAUUGUUUGUAAAUUGGUUCACACUUCAUAUGUUUACCCCAUGAAAAAUAAAUAUUUUGUGUAUUCUGACCACCAUU